UUAGAUAUAAUGCUUAUAUAUUCUAAUAUGCUUUAAAAAGUAAAUGUAUGCUGGUCAACCACCCGAAACCGGACUCUUUAUACCGUCUGGUAAACGGAAUUCUGGUUUUUACUCCAAGCUCUUGACUUCCGGUCUAAUUUUCCGGUUUGUCCUCAACAUGUCUGCCCCAACACGGAAUUUGACAUUUUCUUCUUUACGAUAUUAUCGAUAUCUCCUACGAGGAGUUUCCAAACCAGUGCAGUCUAGGGCAGCGUCAAGUUCAUCAAGUGAUGACCACACUGAUAGGAAUUGUUUGCCUCAAGUUGGGAAGUCUUCAAAAACUGGUACUAUUGUCUGUUUCCAUCCAGAACCAGUAUAUCCAUAUGAAUACACCUUGCCACUGCCCAGGAAUGAAGUAGAACUAGGGGAGGGAGAUUCUGCAUUGAGUGUGCAGGCUCAGCGCCAACAAUUGCUGAGGUUCCGAGAGGACGGACCAACGCGACAUGAACUGGCUAAUAUGUUCCACACGACCAAACAUCAAUGGUACCCAAAUACGGCAGACAAGUACAGGAAACCCAAGCCACCAAAAGAUCGUGAAGCAAUUUGAUGGAGAUAUCUUAAUAAAUUUUUGCAUUUUUC